AUGGACAUGCGCUCUGUGCUCAGUCAGACUGAACGCUUCGCAGCCUUUACCGGUGUCACUAAGCCCAGCCCCAACGACAAGUUCUUCCUCGUUAUGGGUAUGACGGGCUCAGGAAAAAGCACUUUUGUCGGUCGAUGCACGGGCGAAGAUGUCACUGUUGGCCACGGGCUAUACUCAUGCACCACCUCCAUAGAUGUGUUCGACUUCGCCUGCAAUGGCCACAAAGUCUACCUCAUUGAUACCCCCGGAUUCAACGACACGAACCGUUCCGAUAUCGACACACUAAGCGUCCUCGCAACUUACCUCGGCGCAUCGUAUGCAAACGGCGUGCGCAUUCAUGGCAUACUAAUGCUCCAUCCUAUAUCCGACAACCGCAUGUCAGGGUCUAGCAUGCGCAAUCUUGACAUGAUGAAGGCUAUGUGUGGGUUCGCGUCUUAUUCCAAUCUAGCCAUCGCGACAACCAUGUGGUCCGAAAGAUCUCCGCUUUGUGAGCAGCGUGAAGCACAGCUUCUGUCGGACGAACGGUUCUUUGGUGGACUUAUUUCUCGUGGGGCGACAACGUUUCGCCACAAUGAGAAGGGUCGUUUGGGUUCAUUGGAAGAAAUUACUUCUGCACGCCGCAUCGUGACACAUCUUAUACUUCAAUCUGAAAAACAUCCUCCGGGGGUAUUGGAACUGCAGCGCGAAAUUAUUGACCAGGGGAAAGUGAUUGGCGAGACGAAAGCAGGUAUUGUGCUCGCUGGGGAUCUGCACAAAGCCCGCCAGGCUCAUGAGCGAGAGUUGAAAAAGCUCAAACAGGCAAUCGAGACCGAAAUUACCCAGAAGAAUACGGCCCAUGCCAUCGAGAUGCAGGAGCUUAAGGCGGAUUUGGAAACGCAGAUGAGGAAAGCUGAGCAGAGUAAACGAGGGCUGGAGAAGUCGAUGCGAGAUUUACACAAGGAUGAAGAAAGAGCUUGGAAAAAGAAACUUAAGGCACUCGAACAAAGCUUUCUCGAGGAGCUAGCAGCUAAGGAACAAGAGCUACGCGACAUGGAGGAGUCACUUGCAGAAAUCCGCAAGGACACCGCUCGACGUGCCAAAAAGUCCCAGAAGGUAGCACUCGAACUAGAAGGAUACGAGCAAGAUGUCGAUGCUGUUCGGGGGGAGGUUAGUGAGGCCCACAAUACCUAUCAAAAGUUGAGUGGGCAAAGGGGUAACUUGUUCAAUGGCGCCACCAACGGUAUUGCCUCAGGUCUGGCGACUGGAAUCAUAUCUGGAGCCCUCGCCGGUGGAGUCCUUUGCAUAGUCAUGUAG